AUGUUCUGUCAAGGCCUCAGUAGGGAUUCACUUGAUCGUAUUAAAGUCCUCUUUAACCUGAGAGUUUCUUCUCUACCUAUUCGUUACUUGGGUCUCCCUCUUUCCUCCAAACAACUCUCUGUGGCGGAUUGUGAUCAUUUGAUUGUUCUGAUCAAAAAGAAGCUAGAUUCUUGGACUAAUAAUUUCCUCAGCUUGGCGGGUAGACUCUCUUUGAUUUCCUCGGUUAUUUCAGGGAUCAUUGGAUUUUGGUCGAGUGCUUUUAUUUUGCCAAGAAAGGUCAUCAAGAAGAUCAAUAGUCUGUCUAGUUCUUUUCUGUGGCAUGGCAAAACAGGCAGUGCUUUUGGAGCUAAAGUUGCUUGGUCCUCUCUCUCUCUCCCGAAAGGAGAAGGGGGGCUUGGUAUUAAGGAUGCAGUGAGUUGGAACAAUGCUUGCGUUAUGAAACUGAUUUGGCUGUUGUUUUUUCAAGCUGACUCUAUUUGGGUAGCUUGGAUUCGUCGAAGAUAUCUCUCUAAAUCAUCUUUUUGGGCUCUAAAUGAUAGGAAUCCCUCCUUCUCUUGGAUGUUCAGAAAGAUUUUAAAGCUCCGAUCUAAAGCCUUUCAGUUUCUCAGCAUUAAGAUUGGUCGAGGAGAAUCUACUUUCUUUUGGUGGGAUCCCUGGACCCCUUUUGGUUCUCUCCAUGCUUUCUUAGGGGAUGAUGGACCUUCACGUUUAGGCAUUCCGCUUACUGCUACUGUUUCUGACCUUUGGUGUGGAUCAGGAUGGUCUUUACCUCCAGCUCGUACAGAACGUCAAGUUUUGCUUCACACUUAUCUUCUAUCUUUGCGAUGUUCUGCUUCUGCUGAUAUUCCUGUCUGGUCUAUUCGUGGAUCUCCUCAAAGAUCUUUCUCUCUUAGGGCGGUGUGGAAUGAGAUUCGUCCUACUCAUCCAGAGGUGCUCUGGGCAUCUUUGCUUUGGCACAAAGCAGGAAUUGCUCGGCAUCAGGCUAUUACUUGGUUGUUCCUUCUUAACAGAACCCCUACUUUAGAUCGUAUGAUUGGUUGGGGUUAUAAAGUGGAAGGGACUUGUUUACUCUGUAGUUUGGACUUGGAGACGAGGGAUCAUUUGUUUUUCAGGUGUCCUUUCUCUGCUGCAAUCUGGAGAAGGAUUAAGCUGCUUCUUCAUGCUCCAAUGGCGCCUAUGGAGUGGAAUCAUUUAUUAUCUUGGUUUAAUGUCACUCUUUUGGAUUCUUCGAAAAAGCUUGCUAUGCUUCAAGGUUGGCAGGGUGCGAUCUACGAGAUUUGGAGGGAAAGAAAUCGUAGGCUCCACAAUGGUGUCACUCUUCCUUAUGGAAGAGUCUUUAAUCUUAUUUUUAGUUCUACUAAGGAUAAAUGUCGAGCUAUGGUUCUUUUAGGAUCUUCAAGGGGUGAUCCUAUUUUCCAUCAGUGGUCUCACCCCCUGUUUUUGGUUGAUCUUUUUUUUUCUUUCUUUUUGAUCUCCUGGUUGUAA